AAGCCCCCUCACUAAUCACUAUUAGCCGUUAGGCCUUUGUUUUUUUCUGCUGUCUAAGCAGUGAAAGCUUCCUCAGAGCCAACAAUGGUGGAUUUCUCCUAUCUCUCUGAUACCGACGAAUCAGCUGUAGAAGAACUUAUAUCUCAAGCACAAGAGCUCUGUGUUCUUGAGCAAGUUUCUGCCAUCAACUGCUCUGGUUUCACCGAUUCUGAACUCCCCACUGAGCUCGAAUGCCGCUUUCGGAAACUCAAAUCGUUCCCAGUCACUAAGCACAAAAGCACAGCUCCAGUAACUGGUUCAGCUCGCCGUAGCUCGAUUGAAGGUAAGGCAGAGCCAGUUUCAGAUGAAGACUCUGAGAUUUUCUCACCGUCCAAACAGAACCCAGAUGAGAAAAUGGGUUCCGAUCCCAAAUCAGUAUCUGGGUCUGUCUCAUCUCCUUUGAAUCCGUCGGAAUUUUCAUUAAGAAAGGGGAAAAAAGGCUCAAAGGCGAAACCGAAACAUGGUUCAGUUUCAUCUCCUUCGAAUUCCUCGAACUCCUCUCCGGAAAGCGCAAUUUUCUCACCAUCCAAACAGAACCCAGAUAAGAAGCGCCGUCCGAAACCCAAAUCAAAAUCUCGAUCAAUUUCUUCUCCAUUUGGUUCUUGUAA